ACCAGGUGUUGAACACAGAGAGAGCCAGUUUUAUUUCACACAUAAUUUACUGUAUUUAUCGAAUGGAUUAGCAAUUAACUCAGGGAUUACAUGUUUGUGUUUAUGGUUGAAUUCAUCUUAUGCAAAAGAAAAUGAAUGUGUUGCGCACCGUCAUUUUUGGAUAUGUCUUCACUGCUGUUUUAAUGGGAGAAUGUGUUUUACAGGCCAUUUCACCAAAGAGUGAGGGCCUGUCUGACAGUUUCAUAGGAUUUGACUCAGCCCCUGACAAAGUGGUAGAUGGCUCAGUUGUCCGUGUGCGGUAUCAAUGCCACGGGCCAUGUCAGCUUGCAGUGGAGGUGGUGGUGUCCACAUUAAGGAAGACAGAUUUAGUCGUCUUCCGGAGGAAAUGGAACAGCAGCGCACCCCGAGUCUACAGGAUCCACCAGGUGCAGCUCAGAUUGCCUCCGUCCAUUAUAUAUCAACACGACUUCUUCAACAGGAACAUUUUGGAGGCUGAAAGUGCGACAGUACGUGCUUGGCUACACCGUCUUAAAAAUGACAGUGGACCCGCGACAUACCAUGACUCCAUGUGGAGAAUUUAUAAAGUGCUGCAGAUAAUGCCACUCUCAGACCGUCCAACCAAACCUCCCACUGCGUGCCCUUCAUGGUCUGCUCAGCUGAUGUGGCAGAUGACCAGAGACGGAAUCAGUCAGUGUCCACACGAGUCAGACAUAAUCGAUGUGCUCAAGUUCCCCCUGGCGAGCACUGGUGAGCGUUUUGGAGUGGUCCGCCGGUUCCAGCCUUUCAUCGACGGAGCCCUGGAGAGAGCGCGCCUUCACGCUGUGACACAGCCCAGCGUCACCUUAUCCGUGUGGAUCUAUCUACUGAAAUGGUGUCACAGGAAGCUCUGUGGGAUCAUCCAUCAUGUCGAUAGGAAAAAUUUAUACGACUCUGUUCUGAUGCAGCUUACAGACACAGGGAGCGUCAUAAUUCAGGCACAUGUGACAACGAGAGAAGAUGAAGCGUUCCAAGCCAGUGUGGCGUUGCCCCUGUGGAAAUGGAUUAGAUUAGACUGUUACAUACAGGACUCAAAGGUGCUGCUGGAUGCAACGUGGGAUGAUGAAACCCGCAGAUACGUCUACAAAUUUAAGGGCAGUAUCUACUAUGAUGACACUGAUGGAUACUUUGUGGUUGGAGGAAGCAAAUACAUGCCAGGCAUCCGUGGGUAUUUUGGGCCUAUCAAAUACUAUCGUUUUGGAACUGAAGAGAUAAAAAAUCCGCUUCAUCCCAAGACAACGUUACAGGAACUGGAUAAGACCCAUCGUGAGUGUCAGGAAAUAAAAGCUUUUACAAAAGCCUUGCUGAAGGAAGUAACCGAGAGUCACCUGUUGUCAACAAUCAGCAAAGGCGUCUGUACUCCUCACUUCAUGAGACUGAGGCGUCAGUUUGGUGAAAAAAUCUGCACAGAAACGUGGACCUGGGAAACGCCACGUAAACACAGCACGCUUUUCCGUCUCCUGCAAAGGAAAGCAGAGGAACUCAGAACAGGGUCUUUGGGCAUGGAGGACCUCAGGACUCCUUUGUUUAAGGAGGCAGUUGAUACAGUGUUCCCUGUGGAUCAGAUGCAAAUUAAAAUUACAUCCAAAUCAAUGUCUCUGCUACAAGUAUGCUCCUGCUUUGGGAAUCACAAAGCAUCGCUCUUGCUGGCCUCCAUCCACCUCGGUGGCCUAGGACACUCAGUCGAUCAACAACAGGGUCACGUCUAUAGUUUGAUCGGGGCGUCAGGUGAUAACCGCUUCGCCCUGAUGCAUUCAGGGUACAAACACGCACAAGGAAUCGAUGGCUUUCUUAAAGACCUGGACGUGGCUUAUAGCUACUAUUCCAAUGCAGGGACACAGAGCAGCAUUGACAGUUCCAGCUUUCAUGAAAAUAAGCAAUACAUGCCUGACCACAUCUAUCUAAGCAACCAAGAGGAUUUAAACAGCCUGACACAUGAGACGAGUGACGUCUUUCAGUACCUGAAACUCCAAGCAGAGAGAGGAGACGCUGGAGCUCAGAGACACCUGGGAACAAUGCUUUACUGGGGACGAAAUGGAGUCUCAAAAGACAUAGUGAGCGCAGUGAAGUGGUUUGAGAGAAGUGCUAUGCAAAUGAAGGAUCCCUCAGCGAUGUACGACUACUCCAUCCUACUGAUUAAGGGCCAGGGAGUGAAAAGAAACUACACCCGAGGUUUUCAGCUGCUGGAGAAAGCUGCAGCGAUGGGCUCAAUUAAUGCCUUGAAUGGGUUGGGCUGGUACCAUGGGAUUAUAUUAAACGACCACAAAAAUGCAGUGAAAUACUUCGAGCAAGCUGCGCUAAAUGGGAGCGAAGACGGCAUGUUCAACCUGGGACUUUAUCAUCUCAGCGGGAAAAAUCCACACGACCCACGGAGGAAUGAGACGGCUGCAUUCCAGCACUUUCUGAAUGCGUCUCGCUCUGGUCAUGUUGCUGCAUCAGUGGAGGCAGCUUGGUACCUUUCAACAGGAAGCCUGGAAGGGGUAUCUCAGGAUGUGGAAAGGGCUGUGAUAAUCCUAAAAAAGGUCUGUGAACAGAACGGACACCUUGGAUUUAUGAUCAGAGAGGCUCUCCAGGCCUACCUCCGGGGCUCUUGGCAGGAAGCAUUUGUGAAGUAUGUUUUGGCAGCUGAAACUGGUCUGGGUUUGGCCCAGAGCAAUGCUGCACACCUGUGUGAGGUACAUGAACUGAAUCUCAGUUAUGAUUGUCAGUGGAGAUAUCAUAACUACUCUAUAUUAAACUAUGAUCCCCAUCCAUCCGCUCUGCUGAAAAUGGGAGACUACUUCUACUAUUCCUCCAGCACACGUGAAGGCUCAUUAUCCUUGGCUGGUCAGGCCGUAUCGAUGUAUAGCAGAGCAGCUCUAGCAGGCAGCCCUCAGGGAAUGUACAACUUGGUCGUUUUGGCACAACAAGGACACGUUCUUCCACCGAGCGUCCACGGCUUGUUUAAUGUGUCACAUCACGAUGACGAGGACACUGUGGUGGAGAAGAUUUUAACAAGAUGUGCAGAGACUGAGCAUGAAGAAGCAACGCCCUGUUCUUUAGCUCUGCUUGGAGUCCAGAUGGGAAAAGCCUUGAGGAGAGUGACUCAGAACAGUGCACAGCUCCUCUUGGCAUAUGCAUCUCUUCUUUCUGUCUGUGUCCUUAUUGUCAUUGUGCCAUUUCAGAGCUGUCUUGAACAAAGGCUUCCCGUUCGUGGUGCCGUUGAACUGAGGGUAAGGAGGACAUCACCUGUCAGUCAAAACAGUGUCAACUUGAACAGAGAGCAAGAUGGCAUCAUGGGAGGACCCAACGGAGCGGCAGGGAAUCUAUGGUUUCCCAUAGAUGGUGAGCAGUGGCUCCGGCAGGCCAGCGAUUUGGCUGUGACACUGUCGGGUGUGUGCCUGUGUGCUUUCUGGACCACGUUCCUCUAUCAUCUCCUAUGACACACAACACGCAGCACAGUGAUCCAGUCGCCACAGUAAAAGCCCCGGACAGUACUUACUGUGAGAGUGUACAUUUAGGGGGACGAGUUACAGCAGUAUUCAUGUGACACAUUUGUUCGAGGCAUGUGACUCAUUUUAAGACAGGAAGGAAAAAAAAAUGCAGAUCAGAACGUGAGCUACUUUAUCAGAGAUUUGAUAAUGAUUGUUUUACGUGUGGAAAAUAAAACACCUAUCGUCCAGUCCAUUUAAUUGAUGCUGAAUCCAACCUAGAGCUUAUAUUGUCUUGGGGAUGUGGUGCCAAGGAAGUAAAGUGAAGUGCUUGUUAUGCAAUAUGUAAGUCCAAUAAAAAAUAU